AUGUUUAAAACACCCCCACUUAAUAAGACUACAGUAUUGACGGAUACCUCCGUAAAACAAACCGAAGAAAUAGAACCAUCAGCGGGGAGAGCGCAGGAAGGAAUAUCCCAAGUAAGAAAAAGUGUCGGUGAGCUUGAGUCGCGACUUAGUGCAGCUCCUAAAACAAGGACAAACACGCAACCGGCCAAACAAAAAUCUCAAAACAAACUAUCCCCUGCAGCUUGCAGUGUAGAAAACCAAGCUGACCCAGAAACGACUAUUUAUGCAAAUAGGGCACAAGAAGCGAAAGCGUAUCAGGUUAAAAUAAAACUUUUAUUAAAUAGCUCACGAAAUUUAAAGACGGAAUUAAAGGACAAAAUUAUAGAAGCUGUUGACAAAUUAUAUAGGUUGGCGAAAGAAGUGGGAGAAGGAAAGGAAAUCACAUUAGUAAAAGAAUCUAGCACUGUUGAGAAAAAGAUCGAGGUAGAACACAAGCUAAUAAAGAAAUUAGAAGAACACAGUAAGCUCCUCACUGAGUAUAAAAUAGAAACUCAACGGUUUAGUGAAGAGGUAAAGAGUAGUAGGACUCCCGAACGAAAACCCGGAGUCCUCUACACCCUCUAUAUAACAAAAAGGACAAAGUAA